CCCACACAGUCCGCCAAGGGGUUCCGGUGCGGCUCCGGAAGUAGUCGCGUCCUUUGCUAGGGAAUUCAGGUCCAAUUCCGUGAUUCUAGAAGUGUGGUCCUGGAACAGCAGUAUCAGCAUCAUUUGGAAAAUGCCAACCCUUGAGCCCCAUUACAGACCUAUUGAAUUGAAAACUGAAGAACAACCUUCGCGCGCUGCCGGAACCGCGGCGCAGGGGGAGGCGCUGCCUCGCGCGCGGUGCGCCGUUGCCAUGGUAGCUGCGGAGGCUGGGACCCGGGUGUGGUAUUUUUGGAGUUAAUGGAGUCAGAAGGACCUCUUGAGUCAGAGAGCUCAGAAUUUUUCUCACAACAAGAAGAAGAUGAAGAAGAAGCCCAAGAACCAGAGGAAACAAGCCCCAGGAACCCACUUUUACAGCCUGCUCUCACAGGGGAUGUAGAGGGUUUGCAGAAGAUUUUUGAGGAUCCAGAGAAUCCUCAUCAUGAACAGGCCAUGCAGCUUCUCUUAGAAGAAGACAUUGUUGGGAGAAACUUGUUGUAUGCAGCUUGCAUGGCUGGGCAAAGUGAUGUGAUUAGAGCUUUGGCAAAAUACGGUGUGAAUCUGAAUGAAAAAACCACAAGAGGGUACACACUCUUACACUGUGCUGCAGCCUGGGGUCGUUUGGAAACUUUGAAAGCACUAGUAGAACUGGAUGUUGAUAUAGAAGCUUUGAACUUCCGGGAAGAAAGGGCUCGAGAUGUUGCUGCUAAAUAUUCCCAGACUGAGUGUGUUGAAUUCCUGGACUGGGCAGAUGCAAGGCUGACUCUGAAAAAAUAUAUUGCAAAAGUCUCUUUAGCCGUUACUGACACUGAAAAGGGAUCAGGGAAGCUCCUUAAGGAAGACAAGAAUACCAUCCUCAGUGCAUGCCGUGCAAAAAACGAGUGGUUGGAAACCCAUGCAGAGGCUUCCAUUAAUGAGCUUUUUGAGCAGAGACAACAACUGCAAGAAAUUGUGACUCCUAUCCUUGCAAAAAUGUCUACACCACGUCAAGUGAAAAGUGCCAAAUCUAUAACAAGCCAUGAUCAGAAGAGAAAUCAAGAUGAUACCUUCCACUGAACAUAUGCUUUGGAAAAGGUCACAUUUUCUUCUAGUAUCUGAAAGACAAACUAUUCAUGCCAUUUCAAACCUAGAUAACAUAUGUGGUUUUCUUUAGGUAUUUAAGUACAACAUUACAUCACCCUUGUUUUGUUUGACCUGUUCAGCAUGCUUACGUCCGGACUCUCUGGCCUUGCCUCUGCCCCUCCAAGCACAGCCCCAUGUGAGUUUCAUGUGCUCCUUCAGGAAAGCACUUGGGCAUAAAUCACUCACAAAAGCCAUGUGGAGGCUUUAAUAACUACUCGGAGAAUCUAAUAAUUUUCUGAGGCAUUCCAUAUAAAAGGACAUAUUUGGCUGUUUCCAGAGAAAAAAAUUUGUUCUCCUUCUCUAAAAAGGAAAUCUUAUGGAAUGACACUUGGAGCAAGGAAAUAUUAAGACUGGGUUGGAUUAGGAGCCUCUGUGUACAACGAUCACUUUUUAUGUCCAAAAUAAAAUUUACCUAUGAGGUGGGACUUUACCUCUGAGUAAACCCCCUCUUUAUUUUUGACCUCCAUCUAUAAAUUAAUAAACACAAAUCUGUAUAGUUUUACUAUCCUAUAAGGCUGGCAAUACAGAUACUGUAACUGGACUGAAGGCCAUUUCCCCUUCCAUUCUGUUUUAUAUUUCCUAGGUUUUAAAUACUAUAGUCGGUUUCAUAUUGGUGGUUUGGAAAGCCUUUUUUCUAGUUUAUUUAAUCAAGCGCCUCAACCUUCUCUUACAUGUAACUUUAUGGAAAAAUUUUAUAGAAAAGAAAAUCAUUUUUAAAAAGCACUUAUUCUUUGUUCUUAUGACUUUCUCCUCUUUGUCUUGUUCUGAAAGCUAGUUUUCCUUUAUAGGGAGAAGGAAAAGAAAUGAGUAAUUCAGUAAUAUUUUGUCAGUUGACAUUUACUUAACCAUGGUUUUAAGAUAACCCUGUUUUAAAUGUCUCCCAAAUUUUAAAAGUUUUUAAUCUUUUUAAUGUGUGAACAAUUCAAUUUUAAUUUUUCAAAGCAAAAGAACACUGUAAUAACUCUCAACACACCUUUUUGGCCAACCCAGUGGGUGUUUAUGGAGCAGUACAAAGAAGAUCUGUGUUUGCUCUUUUUUCUUUUCUUCCUUCCUUCUCCCUUCUCCCUUCUCCCUUCUCUCUUCUCCCUUCUCCUUCCCCUUCCCCCUCUCCUUCCCCUUCCCCUUCCCCUUCCCCUUCCCCUUCCCUUCCCCUCCCCUCCCCUCCCUUCCCUUCCCUCUCCUCCUCCUCCUCUUUUUUCCUCUUUCUGUCUCUGUCUCACCCACCCUCUUUCUUGACAGGGUCUUCUUUUGUUGCCCAGGAGCUGUCAUGAUCAUAGCUCACUGUAACCUCUAACUCCUGCACUCAAGUGAUCUCCCCACCAUGCCUGACUAAUUAAAUAAUAAAUAUUUGAAAGCUGGGUGCUGGCUCACACCUGUAAUCCUAGCACUUUGGGAGCUGAGGCAGGUGGAUCAUCUGAGGUCAAGGGUUUGAGACCAGCUUGGCCAACAUGGUGAAACCCUAUCUCUACUAAAAAUACAAAAAUUAGCUGGAUGUGGUGGCAUGUGCCUGUAAUCCCAGUGACUCGGGAGGCUAAGGCAGGAGACUCACUUGAGCCCAGGAGGCAAAAGUUGCAGUAAGCCGAGAUCACAUCACUGUACUACAGCCUGGGUGACAGAGCAAAACUCCGUCUCAAAAUAAAUAAAUAAAUAAAAAUAAAUCAAUAAAUAAAUAUUUGCAGAGAUAGAGUCUUGCUACAUUUCUCAGGCUAGUCUUUGAGCUCCUGGCCUGAAACAUUCCUUUUGACUUGGCCUCCUGAAGUCCUGGGAUUACAGGUGUGAAUCACUAUGCCUUGCCCAUUUUUUUAAUACAGUAUAUCAUGAGAAGACCAGUGUUCUUAAGCACUGCGAUAAGUCCAGGUACCACUUCUGUCAUUUCUACUCUAACUCCACAUUUUCUGAGCUUGGAUUUUGAAUAUGACAUUACUUUCCAGGUGUGUGUUCCUGAUUAGGGAGCAGUUCCUGGAUCUUACUUCAAAGAUUCCUAAAUUAGACCAAGGCAUUUCUGGAGACCCCUUAGUAUAAAAUAAAACUAUUUUCCCUCUUUAUUCGUCUUUGAAUCCUUAUCCUUAAACGUUUUAUAGCUUUUGAUACAUUUGCUGAUACUAUUUUUAAACUCCUUGUGUUGGCACCUUUAUACCAGUUAUGAUUCCUCUACUCUCUUAAAACUGCUUUUCUAACUCCUUCAUCAGUUACUCUUCUUCAUCUUGCCCUCAGUUGUGGGAAUUUCUCAAAAUUCAAUCCUAACCCUUAGCAAAGCAAUCUGUAAUUCUCUAUUCCAUGACCUUUCCUGUCACGAGUAUUAUGAAGAAUGAGUCCUUCCCUCUUUGGGGCACCUGUAGUGCUAAUAGCCUCAUACUGUAUCCUACUUAAUUGUUCACAAGUUUGUCUUUCCAUGUGAAUUGUAAGCUUUUUGAGUGUAGGGACUUUGUCUUGUUCCUUCUUAUACCUAAAAAGUUCGUAAGACAGUAAGUUAGUAAAUCAUUGAAUGAAUUAUCUUUUAGUAAUACCUUAUACAUAUAACUCAUCGUCUCUUCAUUAAUUUAUAGAGCUUGUUCACCUUUAUAAAAAUGACUUUCCACACUUGAUCUCCACAUCUUGCCCCAUUUUAACUCCUACUCCUCCAGCAGAUAAGCCACAUAUACAUCCAACAUUGUAAUUCUAUGCCUAAUUUCUCCCCUGACCUUCUAUUUUCUAAGCCUUCACCUUGAAUGUCACUUUGCUUUUUAGCAUGUGAACCUAGUGAUUACCAACAGAUUCCUGGAUCUCAUGUCAAAGAUUCCUUUGAUGUGAGAAUCUGAACAUUUACUUAUAUCUAUAGAUUUGUAAUGCUAGUCCAUUUUGAGAGAUAUAGUAUCUCUUGUCACAUACUGUUGCAUUGAAUUAUAUUCAUAGGAGAGCUUAAAUGCCCUUUUGCUUUGAGUUUUGAGCAUAGGUAGCUGCAUACAAUAGUAGCUGCAUGGCUUUUUCUGAACAUCCACAAAGUAGUUACUAUCCAAAGUGCAUACCAAUAGAUCCAUAAAGCCUCCACAUUAUUUGGGAAGUAGCCAGUCAAAGGCUAAAUUCAAUGUUAUGUUAACUUUUAGACAGUAGUUCUUUAGACUUUUGUGUUUAAUUGACCAGAAAAAAAGGAAUGGCCACAUCUCCCUUCUUACAUGCUCUUCUUACAAUAUGGUCAUGACAUUCCUCACAUAGAGAGGUGUGUCUCUGUUCUUUCCUCUUGAAUCUGGGCAGACUUGUCACUACAGUGGAAAUGAUUCUAUGAGGCUAGAUCAUAAAAGGUGAGAGUUCUCAGCCUAACUAGGGGAAAUGCUUUCUCUUGAAUGCCUACUCUUGGAAACCAGCCUGUAGAGAGAUCCAUGGGGAAGAACUAAGACUCCAGCCCACAGCCUUGGCUGAGCUCCAGCCUGCAGUCAUCCCCAACUUGCCAGCCAUAUGAGUGAGCCAUCUUAGAGCAGAUCCUCCAGUCAAGCCCACCCAGCUGACGCUGUAUGGAGUGGAGACAAGCCUUCUGUGCUGAGCCCUGCAAAAAAUUGCAGAUUUGUAAAUGAAAUAAAUGAUUGUUGUUGUUUUAAGCUA